AUGUCCAGCGAGGCUCAAAACAGUAAUCGCGAGUGCGUCGAAAUUCCACCAACCGCUUCGCGUUCUGUCUGUUUCUCAAGUGGAAGACCGAUAAGGCCAUUGGCUAUCGUAGCUUACGAGUUACUCCUACCGUAUACUGAUCUGGCCGGUGAUUUGGUCAGUCAAACAAAAUAUUUUGGCUUCCGAUUAUCAUCAUGCGCUCGCAGUGGCCUUGAUGCUGUCUUCACCUUUACCUGCAUUUCGCCGCGCUGCACUGCAAUUGAGUUGUUUUACGGUCCCGCGUCGAUGUUAAAACCGGCGAAGGACGAACUUGUUGAAGCACCAUGCGACGAGUUCUUUCAGCGUGUAUCCUUUGACAACCAUCGUUUUCAACGACCGUCGAUCGUGCAUGCGUGCUCUGGUUUGUCGGCGGACACAGCUGCAAAUGGCGUUUUUCGGGAUAAACUCAGAUCUGUGCGAUAUACCGGUCGUCGUCGAAUUGCUGAGAUUCGCUCACACAUCGACCUUAUCCGCGAAGAGGUGAACGCUAUUUUCCCCGGCUUCUCGACAGAAAACUCGGAGGAUGAACUCAUCGACAUCGUCCUCCGACAACUCAAAUAG